AUUAAUUCCCUCAAAACACAGUUUUAUUCUUUUCCGUUUAUACACUUUAUGGUAUCAGAGCAGUCGGCGAAUUCUUAGCCGAACGAAUCCUUCGAUGGCCGGCAGAGCGACGGCUACUCCUUCCCCUCAAAAUCCAAUUUACGCACUCAGCCCUAGCGAUAACCCUGGGACGACGAUUAUCCAUGUCGUCUUGAAAGGUUACAAUUACGAAGAAUGGGGCAGAGCUUUUCGUAUCUCUCUGCGUGCUAAACGCAAAUUAAUGUUCUUUGACGGAACACUCAAGCAACCAGAUGAGACUUCUGCUGAUUUAGACGAAUGGUGGACUGUAAAUUCGAUGAUCGUUGCUUGGAUUUUUAACACCAUUGAUCCGGCUCUACGAACGUCCAUAUCUUACCGGGAUGUUGCUCGUGAUCUAUGGGAGGACAUCAAGGAGCGAUUUUCUGUCGGCAAUGGAGUUAAAAUCUACCAAGUAAAGGCAGAACUCUCUGAUUGCAAACAAAAGAGUGGAGAAACUAUUAUGAGCUACUAUGGGAGGCUGAAGAAACUAUGGGAUGAUAGGAACGACUUUGAUGCGCUUCCUACUUGCGUAUGCAAAGGCUGUAAGUGUGACUUGACCUCAAAACUCCGUCAAUGGCGUGAAGCUGAACAAGUUCGUGAAUUCCUUAUGGGUCUUGAGUCAUUUUAUGCCAAUGUUCGCUCCAGUCUCUUGGGGAUUGAGCCACUGCCAUCCCUUAAUUUGGUCUACUCACGCUUAAUCCAGGAGGAAGAGGUGAGGACUAUUACUGGAGGUCAAAUUGAGGGUGUUAAUCCUAUGAGUUUUGCUAUAAAAGGUGGAGCUUCACAUGCCCAUGGUUCGGGGGGGCUACCCGACCAGUCAUGGUGUGCAACUUCUGCUCAAAAACGGGACACACCGAGGAACGUUGUUUUGUUAAACACGCCUUUCCUGAAGGGUGGCUUGAACGGAGGCGCACCAAAGGCAGAAACUCUGGAAUGAAUGGCUCUGGACAGCAAGUAAAAGCCAAUGUGGCUCAUACAGGAGACAUUGGGACUGAUCUUGGUGAAGUUCGGUUGAAUGGACCGAGCCUCAAUGACCAAGAUUGGUGUGGGUGAGCAGUCAGGGGGACUCUUCUAUUUGGCAAUGGGGGAAUCGGUUCGUGUCAACAAAGCACUCUCUCUUGACUCAAGUGGUUUAUGGCAUGCUCGGCUUGGACACCCCUCGUUGCAAGUUUUGGAAUAUUUGCCUCAAGUUAGUGGUCAACUACAAAAUAUCAAAAAAUUUGCUAAUAAAUCGUGUGAUAUUUGUCACCGUGCUAAGCAAACUCGUUCUACUUUCUCAUUAAGUACAAGUAGAGCUGCUAAUUUGUUUGAUCUUAUUCAUUGUGACAUUUGGGGACCAUAUAGUGAAAAUCGUUCUUGUGCUUCACGCUACUUUCUUACCAUUGUAGAUGAUUAUUCGCGAAGUGUUAGGGUCUAUUUAAUGAAAAC